GCAAGACAACAGGCAAUAAAUUAAUCAAUAAUCGAAACAAUAAUCAAACAUAUAUAUCUUUUUAAGUUUCUCAAAUUUCAACUCACAAACUUUUAUAUAAAGUGCGACACCCACAGGAUAAGACACAUUAUUGAAUCAAACCUUUACCGUGCAACAUGAAGUUUCUCGUACUUUUCGCAGCAACUCUCCUUUGCGUUCAAGCCUAUCAUAUUCCAUACGGAUUCUAUGAUGCUUCAUCCGAAUCCAGUGAGGAGGAGUAUCAGGUGCUCGUGACGGCUAAUAAUCAACCACCACUGAGUUUACCGGGUGUGGGCGUCUAUAAUCAACCCAUUUUACAAGCGGUCAAAGUGAAAGUGCCACGCUAUGUUAGUCCGGAACUCAAGCAACAAAUUAUCGCUCAGACCCUAGCUGCACGCGGUUUGACUCUACACACACAGCCGCCACAAGGCGGCUUAAACAAUGUCGCACCGACUGCCGGUGUACGGCCACAACGAGAGGUGCCAGCUACAGCUGCGGUAAAUAAGGAUGGCGCUGUGGAAAGUGGUGUCAUCGCUAACAAUGUCAUCACAAAAGGCGGUGUGCAGGAGACAUCAGUAAAGCCGGUGGCACCAGCAGUGUUAUCGACUGCAGUUUUAUCAGAGUCGCCAAUGGUCCCAAUUGUACCAAUGAUAUUGUAA